GUCGGCAACUGCUAGCCAUCCGUUUUUCUCAGCAGACUAUGUGGCUAAGAUAGUCGCUUUGGCGCGUGAUGGGGAUGCGGCCAAGCAGCCAGCUUCCAGUGCGAACCGAUUCACAUUAAAAAUGCCGGAGCGACAGAGGCCGUACAACUACUUGAAUUUGUUAUUAAUACGGGGGAAUGACUACUUAAUAGUAUUUUGGCAUAAGUACUAGCUGUCUGAUGAAAGAGACGUGUAUUUAUUUGACGUAGAGUUUUCCAAUUUAUUGCCUCACCGCGAAAUAUUGAUAUAAUUAGUAUACUCUCAACACAAAAACAGAAUCAUCACGACCGGCCACGCGGCAUUUGGAGGUCCCAGUGGGGGAGCGAUUUCAAUUCCAGGCGACGCAGUAGACGAACAGGGAAGGCCUGUCUUGAGGUGCGGCGUUCCUCUAAACCCUCAGACAGCUUGCUACGAUUCUGUCGCGACUGACUUCGUGCUUGUCAAAGGUCAAUAUUUUAAUCGAUG